AUGCCAAAGUUCUCACCAGUUUUCGAAAUACCAUGGAAAUUUUUAGACAGAUGUUCAGUUAUACUUAAAAAAGAUAUCAAACCCUACUACGAAACAACAAACAAGGAAAUGUUUUCCAGACAUAUCAUCAGAAAUGAAAGCACAGUUGUGAUGGAACGCUUGAUAAAAGAUGGAUAUGAUAUUAAUGCACAAGAUUCCCGGGGGAACACACCUCUUUCAAUUGCAGUAGCGUGUAACAAUGCAGAUGUUGUAAGAUUUCUAUUGGACAAAAAGGUUGAUAUCAACGUCUUAAAUCACAAUGGUGACACUCCCUUGUGGAUUGCAUUGAAGAAAUCAGUAUCUGAAGCCAUCAUUGAAAUGCUGAUUGAUAGUGGGGUCCAUGUUAACAUUGCAGAUAGACGGGGUGAUAUGCCACUGACGUAUGUUGUGCAAAGAAAUAAUACUCCUGUGGCAAUCAUGCUCAUCGACGCUGGAGCUUUAGUCAACAUUAAAAAUAAAAAAGGAUUGACACCGUUAAUUUAUGCUGUAAAAAACAAUAACGUUUCUCUAGCUAGCAUACUUAUCAAAAGUGGAGCUUUGAUCAAUGAUGCUGAUAAGUAUGGUAAUACUCCGUUGAUACAUGCUGUAAGAAAUAAUAAUGUUCCUUUGGUAAAAUCACUGAUAAAGGCUGGAGCAAAUCUGUACAUAACUAAUCAUCAAGGAAAGACUUGCUUUCAUUAUUUCAUUGAAUAUCAAUAUUCAAUUCAUCCAGGAAUGAAAAAAGUUUUAAACAAAGGACCAAUGACUUACCAGUUUCCAAAUGUGCCAAUAUGUUGUCUAACAACGAAUGUUGAGGAACAACUUCAUGAAUCAUUUCAUGAAAAAGAAAUGUGUGAAGAGCAUCUUCAGCAUAGCAGUGAUACAUAA